AUGCCCAAAGAGCCACAGAAGGUGGGAGGGCCGCGCCAAAGGCCUGUCUCCUGCAAGUUCUGUAGAACCCGCAAGCUUCGCUGCAGCCGAGACGCACCUUGUUCCAACUGCGUGUCUCGUGGCAUUUCGUGCGAGCUCGAACAAACGACACAUAGUGGCUCAACAACCGACGAUGGCGACAAGGCUGAGUUGCUCGAACGGAUUCGGAAGCUGGAAGCACUCGUGGAACAAAACACCGGAUUGACGACUAUAGCCAGCCACAGUUCACCGCCGCCCGCCGCAACUCCUGGACCCAAUCCUCUGAACAGCCAAGUGUUGGGCAGGUUUGAGGACGUCGCCAUACAAAGCCAUAAAGAUUCUGUCCCAACUCCAACUGAACAGCUGGAUCGUGACUUUGCGUGGCUGGAAAGCAUCUACGAUGGCACAGACUGCUCGUCGGAUGUAAUUCCCUCCACGAAAGUUGGAUUCCGGAUCUGUUCGUUCCAGCUCGUGGCAGAGGUGGAGCAAUUCAUCACAGGAUCUUCCUCUUCGGAUCCUUCCAUCAUCUUUUGGCUGCCGGAGUACUCAGAAGCCAAAAUCCUUAUGGACAAGUUUCUGAAGGACAUCGAACAUAUGUAUCAUGUGGUCCUCACUCAAGAUCCUCCAGUCGUCCUAGAGCGCACCUAUUCUUCUUUGACUCGGCAAAGUCAAGUCAAGUCAGGAGACAUGAUUCUCCUACUCAGCAUCUUUGCUGCAGCCAUGCAUUCGUGGACUAAUGAGGACUGUCGCACGCGUGGGCUUUUCACGACUAUUGCAGAGCCACACAGAAGAUCAGCUCUCUGGGUGAAGGCAACGGAAGACUUGCUCGACAUUGCACACCGCACAACGCGGAUCUCCCUCGAGGGAAUUCAAGGAAUCAUCGUAACGACGGCCAUGGCUACUAAAUACAACGGAUUAGCUCGCGGUACUUAUCAAUGUCACAAACGGCAUAUGAUGACGAACAAACCUUUGCAUCUGAACGACGAAGACGUUUUCGAUGGCAUGACUCGGAUGAGCAGACCGUUGUCAGAACCCACUUCGAUGACCUACUUUGUGAUGCGCAUCCGGUUGAACGAGAUCGCGCGCACCAUCGUCGAUCGUGCGCCUCUGAUGACGGCACUCGCAAGCGGCCCAAGCUACGAUGUUGUCAUGGACAUCGACACCGAGUUGCAAUCGCUACUGAACGACAUUCCGCCAUAUUUCUUCUCAAUGACGCCCUUCGAGCUUGCCGGGAGAUACAAGCUCAGCGACGAGCGUGCCAGAGUCAUCGCCCGCCAAGGCAACGACUUCCGGACCAUCUUCUACGCCACGCGCGUCAAACUCCAUCUACCCUACGCUCGCCGUGGCUUCACUGAAUCAGAGUACGCCACUUCGCGUAUCCUGUGCCUCGAUUCUGCACGACUGAUCAUCCAAACGGAAUCCGAGUACCAGCAUCUAGGACUCGACAAGGAAUUCGCACGAUACAAGCCCCUCUUAUACAGCAUGACGGUGUUCCUCGCGUGCACCGUGCUCCUGAUGGAGUACUGUCACCGCAAGCAAACCCAAGCCCCAGACCAAGAGAAGUCUCGAAUGGAAAUCUGCCAAGCAUUGAGAAUGCUAGAAGCAGCGCGCUCCGAGAGCGACAUGGCCUCCAAGUUCCUGGACUCUCUCGUCACGGUGCUGCAUAACCAUGGCAUUGCGCCACCGAAGAGACUAGAGCAGCAACAGAUGCCAGCAGCGGUGCCUGGUGGUGGGUUUGUGCCGACACCUCCGUAUACGAGCGCGGCGACAAGCACGUUGCCGACGACGCCGAUGAGUUGCCCGCAGUUGGCGACCUCGGCCGUGGGGGGAGAAAUGACUUGCUCCGGGGGCUUUGCCGCUUUGAACACGGGAUCUGAUUUGAAUUCCAUUGUGAAAUCACUGGACCAAGGGUUGGAUGUGGGGAUGAUUGAGUGGGAUGAUAUCUUCCUUGGGCUGGGGGAAUCUUCUUUCAUGUAG